AUGCUGCGUUUCACUGUGCGCGUCACUUCGAGCGUCUGUGUUGCAAUGACCGCCUUUGACAUCGUGGGGCAUCCAGCCGUUGUCACAGGAGCGUCAAUGUCGCCAACACUCGAGGGUUCCGAUUCGCGAUGGUGGCACAGAGAUCUGGUUUGGCUCAGCCCAUGGGGCAUUCGAUCACCAAAUAUUGGCGACGUACUCACCUUCAUAUCUCCAAGAGAACCCGACAUGAUGCACAUCAAGCGAGUAACAGGGCUAGAAGGCGAUCUGGUCAUUGAUAAUCCGGUUAACGCCAACGAUAGCAAUAUAUACGGACCAGUAAGCCGUGGUCUGGUGAAGAAUCGAGCGACACAUAUAAUUUGGCCACCGAGCAGGUGGAGACGAUUGUAG